GGUGACCACAGAAGCCCAGCCUCAGUGCUCUAGGCCUGCUGGGAGCGAGGGUGAGGCUGGACAGUGGACUCUGGCACCUGGACCAGGGUAGCAAAGGGUGGGGCCCCUGGUCUUGGGUGAUGUCCACGCUGGGUCCCAUCCUCUGAGACCAAAGCCCCCUCACACGUUUCCCAAGUUAGUCCUGUCUCGGGCCUGUGCCACUUCCCGGAACACUCAGGCUCCGACGAGGGCCCAAGAGACAGCCGGCAGCCAAUGCCACUGUGUCUGCAGUGGGAUCACCCCAGGGACCCGCCUGCCUAGGGUGCCAGCCCCAGGAGGGUGCCACUCUGGGUCAGCUCCCCUUGACACUUGGGGUGCCUGUAGGGGUUCCAAGCAGAUCCCCAGCACACUGGGGGUUCCCUGGACUCUCCAGCCAUUCACCCUUUGCACGCCCCCAUGGGACAGUGCACUCCCAGUCCUGUCCUCCAGCAGGUGCAGGAUGGGGCUGGACACAGGGAGCAGAGACCCAGGGGCCCCGGAGCCACGCCUUGGCUCUCUCCUCCUACUGCUCUGCCCACGCGGCCGGGGUUGGAGGUGGACAGGAUGCUGUGAGCUGCUGCCGGGAAACUUCUCUGCUGGGAAAAUGGGAGAAGGAGCAGAGGGAACCCCCAGCAGAAGCCAAGCCCCAGAGUUACAGGCCACGGGGUGCUGCCCUCUGGGGUGAGGGAUUCCAGGGGGACGCCAGCAUGCAGGGAGGCUCCCUGAGCCCACAGGCCCCCAGCCAGCGCCGCGCCAGCCGCCAGUCCCAGCAGAGCCCGGUUACCUGAGCCACGAGAACUCCGAGUUCCAGGAUGUCCCCUUUGGCAGCCCAGGAACUCCGCAGGCUUCUGGCCAGAGUCCAGGUGGUAGCAAACGCCUGCUGGGGCGGAAGCUAUGGGGCUGUGAGGAGGCCAGCCCUGUGGAGGGAGUGUCUGCCCCAGGGAGCAAACUCACGCCUGCUCGCUCCUGUUUGUCUUUGGGCUGGAGCUGCAGGCUGGGAGGGCAAGGGGCUGCCGCCACGGGGCAUCCUGCAAGCUCCCACACAGCAGUCACGUCCCUCGGCCAGAUGCUGACUGGGCAAGCAGUGGCCUUACUCUCCCUGACCUGGAGCGCUUACCAGAGCCUGGCGGUCCCCAGGGUCUCAGAAUGUGGCCUCUCCUGUUCUCAGGGCUUCACCUGCAAGAGCCGCGUGAACCGAAAUAUCUUCAACAGCUUCUGCCAGCAGCCCCCCACGUCUAUGUCCAGGUCGGUGCUGGAGGCCCUGGCGCUCUCCACCGCCAUGAAGUGCAGCCCCCCUGAUGGCUGCGCCUUGCUCUUGCGGGUACAAGCCUCCCUCAUGCCGCACGAGAGCCUGCGGGGCCUGGAGGCCUGCUCCGUGAGCCUGGACACCCAGGAGACGCAGUGCCAGAGCGUGCGCAUCCGCAGGGCCUCCCGCCGGCUGCAGCGGGGGCAGCAGCUCCAGGUGCACUUCGACUGCUUUGAGGUGGGCGUGGCCCAGAGCCUCUACGUCACCCUGCGGACCGUCCCCCACUUCUGCGGGAUCCAGCUGGACCAGCAGUACCAGGUGGAAGACUGCAGCGACGAGGACGUGGGAGGGACGUGCCGGACUGCUUUGGUGCCAGAGGCUCCCGGGGGCCCCGACUACUACGUGCGGCUCUGCCUCAAGCGGUUCACCUGUGAGGAGGCGGGCGCCCCGGUGCGGGUGACAGCAGACGGGGUCUCCCGGAGAGUCUCCCUGCCCUACAGCCAAGAGCUGCCAUGCUUGUGCCUUGAGGCCUGGCCUGCGACCCCCGACGCGGUGCGGAUCCAGGCCUGCCCCUUCAAAGACGACACAGAGACGUUGUGGGACGCUGUCUACUACCAGCCGGGCAGCCAGGCGCUGAGCUGGGAGCCCCCCUGCCCCGUGAGUGGCCACGUGAGCCUGUGCUGGCGCCCAGGGCCAGGGGCCCCCUGCCUGGAGCUGGAGCACUCCGGCCGGCCGGCACACGGCAGGGUGCGGUACCCGCUGGUGGACGCGCAGCCCCAGCUCUGCCUGAAGUUCUCCACGAGCCUGGGCGUCCGGCUGAGGUGCCCUUUCCAGCAGCUGGGCUUCCCAGCCUGGAAGAUGACCGUCCAGCCGGCCCCGGCUCCGGGCCGCCUCCGGGUGGCCUUCUUCUCGCCCAGCCCUGCCCGCUUCCAGGUGUGCCUGUGUCACCAAGGAGGGACGUGGCCCUCGGCCUGCCGCCGAGUGCUCCAGGCCACUGCCAUCCCUGCAGCCUCAGGUGACCCCACGGAGGAGCCUGUGGCGGCCUUCGUGGACAUUCCCGAGGACGAGGCCUGUGCGCCCGGCACCUGCAUCCAGGUCAGGAGGACUGAUGCCCACUUCUCGGCCCCCCAGCAGCUGUGUGACCUUCCGUGCGCUGCCACCCAGGGGACAGCAGCCUGAGGCCAGGUGUCUCGCCAAGAAGAAGCAAGCGCCAGGGCCCGAUGGUGGGGCUGUGGAAAGGGGUCAACUCACACCUGGACCCCAGGCUCUGACGCAAAGGCCAGGCCUUGCCUGGCCCCUGACUGUGGGGCCUGUGGCCCUGCCGGAGCUCCAGAGGCUGUGGCUCCACCGGGCCCCUUGGGCCAGGCAUGGAUUCAGGUCAGACGAAGGACCUUCAGCCCCCCCGAAACCCCUGAGUGGGCGCCAACUGAAUGGCUGCCCGGGGUGCCCCCUCCCCCAGAGGGCCCAGCCCCUGACCUGCCCCAUCUCAGCCCGGUCCAGGCUCCCUCUGGACAACCAGGGCCAGGGCCUGGAGUGCGGGGUGUGGGCCCACCCUUUCUGCAGCUGAGCGGCUCCGAGGGCCCAGGACCACCUCGGGUUCCUGCUGAGAGCACCCCUCAUUGGCUGGGGUCUACACACUCGGUGGGCCCCUGCUGUCCAGGCUGGGCCUCCCCCGGCCCUCGGCCCCUCACACAGCUUGCCCUCCACCCUUCAGAGGCUCUGCUAAGAACCCGAGGCUGGCAGGCCACCCGGAGCCCCGCACCACCCCCCAGGCCCCCAGCAGGCCAGCGAGGACUGGCCGCUUCCGGUGGCUUUGGGGGCCUCUUGCCAGCAGGUGCCAUUCUCAGAUGUGUCACAUGCACGGACGGCCACCAUGGGCCACCUGUGUUCAAGGACCACAGGGGAACCCUUGGCCCUGCAAUGCCACUUCUGUGUCCCAGGCCCGAGGUCGCCCAGCAUUUGGCCGGUGGGGUCUGCCCUCACAGGACUCUCCUGCCGGCUGCAAAGGACCACCGGGCCGCCCCCCAGCCACCGUCGCCAUUGCCGCCUGGUCACAGAGCACACAGGGACGGGCAGGGACGCCGCCAUCCACCAGUGCACACCUACCUCCAGGCCCCGGCCUGGCCGUCCCUCGGUCGCUGGCCUUCUCGUCCUGCCGCUUACAAGGGCUGCUGCCCUGCGCGCAAAGCCAGCGAGCUGCUCGUGCAGGAGCCACUUGGCCGGCUGGCCUGCUUCCCGCCGUGAGGACAGAGACGGGGUCCACGGGGCAGGCCGGCUCCUCGGGGUGGGGGUGGGGGACCACAGGGCCCGGAGGCACCUCCUAAAACGGGAUCCGGGGGCCAUGACCGCAGCCGGGGGCGAGGGUGGGCCACAGACAACAGCAGAUGGAGCCUGCUGCCCUCCACCCACAGCCCCAACCGCCCCGUCUGUGGGAGGGAGAGUGGGACCCACUCGGCCCGAAGGCAGCCCCCUGGACAACCGAUGGGCUGCCUACCCCUCAAGCCCCAGGCUCCCUCCCGCCCCUUGGGGCUGUGGCUUUGGGCUCAGCGGAGGACCCCUUGCCAAGCUCUGGAGACCCGCUGACCCCAGGCGCCCCCUCCCCAUCCAGGCACAGGGCCAGGUGGGGGCACAAGAUCCCAGCUCUGGCUCAGUGCCCCCCAAGUUCCUGCUCCCCCGCCCCAUGCCAGGACCACCCACGGGUCCCCUGGCCCAGGAAGAGAAGCCCCAGGAAUCCUUGCCCGCUGGAGCGGGGAGGACUUGCUGGGGUGGCUGCUGGGAACUGACUGGUCGCAGGCUCCUGGAACUUGACGUGGCUGCCCCGCCAGGGAGGCGGGGGGUGGGGGGAUGCAAACAGAGGCGACAGCUGUGCCCUCCAGGGACUAAAGAUGUUCAGGGCCCCAGCUGCCCUGCUGUCCAGUGUGUGCUGCCACCAAGUGGUGGUGGCACUCAGUGCCGGAUUCCGAGCUGGACCCGGCAUCCCCCCUCCACUGCCUGGGCGGGUAACUGCCCCCAGCAGCAGGAAACCCCAUCCCACGCACCGCCCCCGCCCGGGCUCACGGCUUAGCCAGGGUGAGCCUUCGGAUGUCCGAGUGUGCCUCAUUCAUUCACUCAUUCAUUCCUCAAGCAGGCACCGAGCAGCCCCCGGGGGGCCCCAGUGUCCCAGCUUGAAGAACAAGCGGCACUGUCCCCAGAGCUGGGGACACCCCCCCCCGGGUCUGCCCUGCACUGAGGGCUUCUCGGGUCAGGAUUUUCCAUCCAAACCCCAGGCGUGGGGCCACAGGCCACCCUACCUGGACCUGACCUGUGCGUGGGGAAGACGGGCCACAAACAGCUCAAUAUGGAACCGAUAAGGACCACCCGGUACCAGCGUGGGAAGGAGGCGGGGAGAGCAAAUAGGAAGGGUGGGACGGAUGCCACUGAGAGGAAGUGGUCCUGGCGACACGUGAGCCUGGUUCUAACGGGGGUGGGGGGGCAGGUGAAGGGUGUGGCAGGCAGGUGGAACCAUGGGGUGUCCUGACUUUGGUACCUUGGCUACGAGUGAAACAGGGCCCGGAGCUGGCACCUGCUGAUACGAGGAGCCAGUCAUUCAUGCAGCACUUUCUGUGAGCUGCUCCCUCAGUGAUCAGAACAGAUCCCUGUCCCAGGCAGAGAAGAGGGGCAUAAAAGUUAAAACAAACAAACAAACAAACAAACAAAAAAACCGGUAAAUUAUCUAGGAUAUAAAAAGCUAUUCAGAAAGUGAAACAGGAGCAGGAUGCUUUCCGAGGCGGUCUCGGGGGCAGCGCGGCAGCACAGGUCUCAGGCAAAGACAGGAGUUAGUGGACAGACACCCCUGGGGACACAGGGUUAACACCCCGAACGUCCUUUCGCAAAAGCAGAAAAGAAUGGCACGUUUUUCCUAUUGGCUGAGCAGCAGGAGGUUGCAAAGAGGGCGUCUCCCCCUCUCUUACGAGCCAGGCAGGAGCAACCCCUUCCGCACGGAUCUCCAGAGGGAUGACGCCUGUCCUCGAGGGCACAGGACGUGGAGCUUACUUCGUGUGAUGAGAACACAGCUUCUGCUCUCACUCCCAUUUGUGUGGAAUGUCUCAUUCCAUCCUUUUGCUUUCAACCUCUCGGUACCUUUGUAAAGUGAGUUUUUGGGCCACGGCACACGGUUGGAUGUCUUUGCUAAUCUCGGCCUUUUAGUCGGAGAGUUUAAUCACUCACAGUUAAAGUCAUUACUGAAAAGAAAGGGUUUACUCCAUCGCAGCUCCCGCUCUCUUUGUGGCGGAAUGGUUUCUUCCCUGCUCCUCCGUCCCUGCCUUGUCUGGGCUCCGGUUCUUUUCUUAAUGGCUUCCUUGGGAAUUACAGCUGAAAACCUCAACGUAUAAAAAUCUAUUUUGAGUAAUACC